AUGAAUAUUGCAUCCCCGAAGGGUAGCGGACCGAUCGACACGCAGGUCUGGGUCUCAGAGGUAGCUAGUGUAGUGCUGACUAACUGACUGACUGGUCAGUUAGUCAAGCAUCACUAAGGAAGGUCAGACUAGGCUGAGAGCAGUCGGUGUUGUGUGUGUGUGUGUGUGUGUGUGUGUGUGUGUGUGUGUGUGUGUGUGUGUGGUAAACCCACUGCUGAGAUAGACAGAGUAGAUGAACGAUGUGUGACCAGACAGAGGCAUGCAGCGUCCCUGUCACGCUCUUCAACUCUCUCCACAUCUCCUUUUUACUAAAUAAAGUAAAAGUUCACAAAACUAUGUGGAGAUAUGGGAUCAGAGCAUGAUAAUGUUCUAUGUUAUUGAGGAGGAGUGUUGGAUUUUUCACAUUGAGAGAGGAACUGUUGUCAUUCACAAUGGAUGUAAAAAAGAACAGACUUGGUUGACUUUCUGUGUAAUGAAAAGAAAAUAACAGAAAACGGCAUCAGUGUCCCACACGAUUGAUGACUGCUCACCUCCAACGCUUGGAAGAGCACUUUGGGACCUACUUCCCAAUCCAUUUGACUGUGAUCCUGUCUCAGUUGACAUGCCAGUAAGUGAAAUCGAACAUCUGAUCGAACUGUCAUGUGAGUGAAUACAUUCACGGGUCAAUACAGAGGAGUUUUGUUUCCUGACCCAAAGGGAAUACCAUGCUGUCUCCCUCUGAGCAUUUAUUCCGCAUUCAAAACAACUGGGAACUCAGAACUGGGAACACGAAAAUCUACUAAUUCCAAAUUCAGUGCAUUCAAGACAACUGGGACCUCUGAAAGAAACAAGCUUUGACUGGUAAAAAAAAGUUUUCAACGGUCAUCCAACUCCGGUCUCUUUCUAGAGCUCCGACUUUCCAACCUAAAGAUCACUGACGUCAUUAUUUUACCUCCCAGUUUUCUUGAAAGCACCAUAAAACUCAUGGUAGCCACCCUUCGCCAGCUCAUAUCUGUGUGAAGCUGGAUUCAGUGCUCUGGUCUGCAUUAAAACCAAAUACAGUAACAAUCCAGGUUGGACGUGACAGCAGAGAUGAGGUGUAAACUGUCGACCACACCCAUCUCAUUAGUGGUGGUGAGAUAAGAGAGAUUAUGCUAGAUAAAUUUGCAAUUGACUGUCAUAGCCCCACAUUAAAAGUAUGUGACAGUGAGUAAGAGAAGACAGUCAGAAAUACAGAAUGUUUUUCAAUUGACUGCCAUAUCCCCAAAUAAAAAAGUAAACAUUGGCUGUUAAGUUUAAAAGAAAAUUCACAUGGUUGGGGGUCGCAAUCAUUUUCAGAUAUCAAAAUGGGGUCAUGGCCAAAAAAGUUUGGGAACCCCUGGUAUACAGUAACAAAUAAAUAAAAAUGACAUACAUAUAUAUAUAUAUAUAUAUAUAUAUAUAUAUAUAUAUAUAUAUAUAUAUAUAUAUAUAUUAUAUAAAUAAUCAUAUUCUAAUGUUACUUAAGACCUUCAUAUACACAACCAAAUGAUUAUUAUUUUGUGAUAGCAUAUGGAAUCUAUUAAUUACAAUGUUAGAAUGUUGCAGUCAGAAUGACUGCUCAUUAGCUUGAAGGAGGGUCCCUCUAGGACCAAGGAUUCUAGUGUUAAAGAGGACAUCUUCCUGACAAGAACCAGUUUGGGGUCAAAACAUUGUCCUAUUAGACACAGACUUUACUAUAGUUGACUACUUACUUUACUGUAGUUGAGUGUACUUACUUUACUGUAGUUUAGUGUACUUACUUUACUGUAGUUGAGUCUACUUACUUUACUGUAGUUGACUACUUAUUGUAGUUGAUUACUUACUUUACUGUAGUUGAGUCUACUUACUUUACUGUAGUUGACUACUUAUUGUAGUUGACUACUUACUUUACUGUAGUUGAGUGUACUUACUUUACUGUAGUUGAGUCUACUUACUUUACUGUAGUUGAGUCUACUUACUUUACUGUAGUUGACUACUUAUUGUAGUUGACUACUUACUUUACUGUAGUUGAGUCUACUUACUUUACUGUAGUUGACUACUUAUUGUAGUUGACUACUUACUUUACUGUAGUUGAGUCUACUUACUUUACUGUAGUUGAGCCUACUUACUUUACUGUAGUUGAGUCUACUUACUUUACUGUAGUUGAGGCUACUUACUUUACUGUAGUUGAGGCUACUUACUUUACUGUAGUUGAGGCUACUUACUUUACUGUAGUUGAGGCUACUUACUUUACUGUAGUUGAGUCUACUUACUUUACUGUAGUUGAGUCUACUUACUUUACUGUAGUUGUCUACUUACUUAACUGUAGUUGACUACUUACUUUACUGUAGUUGACUACUUAUUGUAGUUGACUACUUACUUUACUGUAGUUGAGUCUACUUACUUUACUGUAGUUGAGUCUACUUACUUUACUGUAGUUGACUACUUAUUGUAGUCGACUACUUACUUUACUGUAGUUGAGUCUACUUACUUUACUGUAGUUGAGUCUACUUACUUUACUGUAGUUGAGUCUACUUACUUUACUGCAGUUGAGUAUACUUACUUUACUGCAGUUGAGUAUACUUACUUUACUUUCCUCUGUGGUCCUCUGUAGCUCAGCUGGUAGAGCACGGCGCUUGUAACGCCAAGGUAGUGGGUUUGAUCCCCGGGACCACCCAUACACAAAAAAAAUGUAUGCACGCAUGACUGUAAGUCGCUUUGGAUAAAAGCGUCUGCUAAAAGGCAUAUUAUUAUUAUUAUUUAUUAUUAUUUCCAUAGGCCUAAUACUCCUCCUGUAGCGUAGGGACAACAGGGGUGUUUAUUCCUCCUGUAGCAUAGGGACAACAGGGGUGUUUACUCCUCCUGUAGCAUAGGGACAACAGGGGUGUUUAUUCCUCCUGUAGCAUAGGGACAACAGGGGUGUUUAUUCCUCCUGUAGCAUAGGGACAACAGGGGUGUUUUAUUCCUCCUGUAGCAUAGGGACAACAGGGGUGUUUAUUCCUCCUGUAGCGUAGGGACAACAGGGGUGUUUAUUCCUCCUGUAGCGUAGGGACAACAGGGGUGUUUAUUCCUCCUGUAGCAUAGGGACAACAGGGGUGUUUACUCCUCCUGUAGCGUAGGGACAACAGGGGUGUUUUCACUAGGAAGCAAACGGCCCAAACAGGGAGGGACACACCUGAACUUGGAGAGGAAGGAGAGGGAUGGAGAGAUAGAGAGAUUGGGACGGGGAGGAGAGGAGAGGAGAGGAAGGAGAGGGAUGGAGAGAUAGAGAGAUUGGGACGUGGAGAGAGAGAGGAGAGGAGAGGAGAGGAGAGGAGGAAGGAGAGGGAUGGAGAGAUAGAGAGAUUGGGACGGGGAGAGAGAGAGGAGAGGAGAGGAAGGAUUUAAUUAUGAAGUAAUUUGGUGCCUAGCCUGUACACGCUGCCAGCUUGAGUCAUACUCUACUCUCCCACUGGAGAUCGGGGUUCAAUCCCAGUCUCCACCCUUCCUAAUGUACUCCUUGUGUAUGAAUUAACUAGUGUGUGUAUUAUUAAGCUGUAUUCAGUAAUUCCUCUUGUCUUAUGUUGACGUCUAGAUUCUGAAGGAGUUAGCGGACGAGGACUGGGACAUGGGUAACAUUGUGUACACUCUGACGAACAGACGAUAUGGAGAGAACUGCAUUGCCUACGCAGAGAGCCACGACCAGGUAACACAACCAUCACAACUCUUUAUUCAUUCAUUUAACAGGGUUAUAGAUCUAUCUCUGUCGGCAGAGUGUGCGGCUGCUCCAUGGCUGAGCAGCCACACACAAGCCUAAGAUCACCAUGCGCAAUGCCAACCGUCGGCUGGAGUGGUGUAAAGUUCGCCGCCAUUAGACUCUGGAGCAGUGUGGAAACGCUUUCUCUGGAGUGAUGAAUCCCGCUUCACCAUCUGGCAGUCUGAUGGACGAAUCUGGGAUUGGCGAAUAUGCCAGGAGAACGCUACAUGCCCCAAUGCAUAGUGCCAACUGUAAAGUUUGGUGGAGGAAUAAUGGUCUGGGCCUGUUUUUCAUGGUUCAGUCUAGGCCCCUUAGUUCAAGUGAAGGGAAAUCUUAACGCUACAGCAUACAGUGACAUUCUAGAUGAUUAUGUGCUUCCAACUUUGUGGCAAAUUUGGGGAAGGCCCUUUCCUGUUUCAGCAUGACAAUACCCCCGUGCAAAAAGCAAGGUCCAUAAAGAAAUGGUUUGUCAAGAUCGGUGUGGAAGAACUUGACUGGCCUGCACAGAGCCCUGACCUCAACCCCAUCGAACACCUUUGGGAUGAAUUGGAACGCCAACUGCGAGCCAGGCCUAAUCGCCCAACAUCAGUGCCCGACUUCACUAAUGCUCUUGUGGCUGAAUGGAAGCAAGUCCCCGCUGCAAUGUUCCAACAUCUAGUGGAAAGCCUUCCCAGAAGAGUGGAGGCUGUUAUAGCAGAAAAGGGGGGACCAACUCCAUAUUAAUGCCCAUGAUUUUGGAAUGAGAUGUACAUGUCUCUCACUCUCUCUACAUCUCGCUCAAUUCCAUUCAAAGGGCUUUAUUGGCAUGGGAAAAGCAAGUGAAAUAGAUAAUAGACAAUAUAAACUUAACAGUAAACAUUACACUCAGAAGUUCCAAAGGAAUGGAGACAUUUCAAAUGUCAUAUUAUGGUUAUAUACAGUGUUGUAACAAUGUGCAAAUAGUUAAAGUACAAAAGGGAAAUAAAUAAAUAUAAAUAUGGGUUGUCUUGCUAUAUUGUCUUGCUGCUGUGAUAUUUCACCCAAAUAGAUACGGGAGUUUAUCAAACUUUGAUUUGUUUUGAAUUCUUUGUGGGUCUGUGUAAUCUGAGGGAAAUACAGUGGGGAAAAAAAGUAUUUAGUCAGCCACCAAUUGUGCAAGUUCUCCCACUUAAAAAGAUGAGAGAGGCCUGUAAUUUUCAUCAUAGGUACACGUCAACUAUGACAGACAAAAUGAGGGGAAAAAAUCCAGAAAAUCACAUUGUAGGAUUUUUAAUGAAUUUAUUUGCAAAUUAUGGUGGAAAAUAAGUAUUUGGUCAAUAACAAAAGUUUUUCAAUACUUUGUUAUAUACCCUUUGUUGGCAAUGACACAGGUCAAACGUUUUCUGUAAGUCUUCACAAGGUUUUCACACACUGUUGCUGGUAUUUUGGCCCAUUCCUCCAUGCAGAUCUCCUCUAGAGCAGUGAUGUUUUGGGGCUGUCGCUGGGCAACACGGUCUUUCAACUCCCUCCAAAGAUUCUCUAUGGGGUUGAGAUCUGGAGACUGGCUAGGCCACUCCAGGACCUUGAAAUGCUUCUUACGAAGCCACUCCUUCGUUGCCCGGGCGGUGUGUUUGGGAUCAUUGUCAUGCUGAAAGACCCAGCCACGUUUCAUCUUCAAUGCCCUUGCUGAUGGAAGGAGGUUUUCACUCAAAAUCUCACGAUACAUGGCCCCAUUCAUUCUUUCCUUUACACGGAUCAGUCGUCCUGGUCCCUUUGCAGAAAAACAGCCCCAAAGCAUGAUGUUUCCACCCUCAUGCUUCACAGUAGGUAUGGUGUUCUUUGGAUGCAACUCAGCAUUCUUUGUCCUCCAAACACGACGAGUUGAGUUUUUACCAAAAAGUUCUAUUUUGGUUUCAUCUGACCAUAUGACAUUCUCCCAAUCCUCUUCUGGAUGCACUCUAGCAAACUUCAGACGGGCCUGGACAUGUACUGGCUUAAGCAGGGGGACACGUCUUGCACUGCAGGAUUUGAGUCCCUGGCGGCGUAGUGUGUUACUGAUAGUAGGCUUUGUUACUUUGGUCCCAGCUCUCUGCAGGUCCUUCACUAGGUCCCCCCGUGUGGUUCUGGGAAUUUUGCUCACCGUUCUUGUGAUCAUUUUGACCCCACAGGGUGAGAUCUUGCGUGGAGCCCCAGAUCGAGGGAGAUUAUCAGUGGUCUUGUAUGUCUUCCAUUUCCUAAUAAUUGCUCCCACAGUUGAUUUCUUCAAACCAAGCUGCCUACCUAUUGCAGAUUCAGUCUUCCCAGCCUGGUGCAGGUCUACAAUUUUGUUUCUGGUGUCCUUUGACAGCUCUUUGGUCUUGGCCAUAGUGGUUUUUGGAGUGUGACUGUUUGAGGUUGUGGACAGGUGUCAUGUAUACUGAUAACAAGUUCAAACAGGUGCCAUUAAUACAGGUAACGAGUGGAGGACAGAGGAGCCUCUUAAAGAAGAAGUUACAGGUCUGUGAGAGCCAGAAAUCUUGCUUGUUUGUAGGUGACCAAAUACUUAUUUUCCACCAUAAUUUGCAAAUAAAUUCAUAAAAAAUCCUACAAUGUGAUUUUCUGGAAUUUCUUUUCUCAAUUUGUCUGUCAUAGUUGACGUGUACCUAUGAUGAAAAUUACAGGCCUCUCUCAUCUUUUUAAGUGGGAGAACUUGCACAAUUGGUGGCUGACUAAAUACUUUUUUUCCCCACUGUAUGUGUCUCUAAUAUGGUCAUACAUUUGGCAGGAGGUUAGGAAGUGCAGCUCAGUUUCCACCUCAUUUUGUGGGCAGUGUGCACAUAGCCUGUCUUCUCUUGAGAGCCAGGUCUUUCUUGUUAGACCUUUCUCAAUAGCAAGGCUAUGCUCACUGAGUCUGUACGUAGUUAAAGGUUUCCUUAAUUUUGGGUCAGUCACAGUGGUCAGGUAUUCUGACACUGUGUACUCUCUGUUUAGGGCCAAAAAGCAUUCUAGUUUGCUCUGUUUUUUUGUUAAUUCUUUCCGUGUCAAGUAAUUAUCUUUAUUUAUUUUUCUACAUCUCUCUCUCUCUACAUCUACAUCUCUCUCGCUCUCACUACAUCUCUCUCGCUCUCUCUACAUAUCUCUCUCUACAUCUCUCUCUACAUCUCUCUCUCUCUCUUUACACCUCUCUCUCUACCCCUCUCUCUCUCUUUCUACAUCUCUCUCUACGUCUCUCUCUCUACGUCUCUACAACUCUCUCUUUAUCUCUCUCUUCACAUCUCUCUCUACAUCUCCUCGCUCUCUCUACAUCUCUCACUCUCUCUAUAUCUCUCUCUCGCUCUCUCUACAUCUCUCUCUCUCUCUACAUCUAUCUCUCUCUAUAUAUGUAUAUAUAUAUAUCACUCUCGCUAGUCUCUGGUAGGUGAUAAGUCCUUGGCAUUCUGGCUGAUGGAUAAAGAGAUGUACACCAACAUGAGUUCUCUGAUCCCCAUGACGCCCGUCAUCGACCGAGGCAUCCAGCUCCAUAAGAUGAUCCGCCUCCUCACACACGCUCUGGGGGGAGAGGGCUACCUCAACUUCAUGGGUGAGUUGGGGGGAGAGGGGUACCUCAACUUCAUGGGUGAGUUGGGGGGAGAGGGGUACCUCAACUUCAUGAGUGAGUUGGGGGGAGAGGGGUACCUCAACUUCACGGGUGAGUUGGGGGAGAGGGGUACCUCAACUUCAUGGGUGAGUUGGGGGGAGAGGGGUACCUCAACUUCAUGAGUGAGUUGGGGGGAGAGGGGUACCUCAACUUCAUGAGUGAGUUGGGGGGAGAGGGGUACCUCAACUUCACGGGUGAGUUGGGGGGAGAGGGCUACCUAAACUUCAUGGGUGAGUUGGGGGAGAGGGGGGUACCUCAACUUCAUGGGUGAGUCGGGGGAGAGGGCUACCUAAACUUCAUGGGUGAGUCGGGGGAGAGGGCUACCUAAACUUCAUGGGUGAGUUGGGGGAGAGGGGGGUACCUCAACUUCAUGGGUGAGUUGGGGGAGAGGGGGGUACCUCAACUUCAUGGGUGAGUUGGGGGAGAGGGGGGUACCUCAACUUCAUGGGUGAGUCGGGGGAGAGGGCUACCUCAACUUCAUGGGUGAGUCGGGUGGAGAGGGCUACCUCAUCUUCAUGGGUGAGUCGGGGGGAGAGGGGUACAUCAACUUCAUGGGUGAGUCGGGGGGAGAGGGCUACCUCAACUUCAUGGGUGAGUUGGGGGGAAAGGGUGUGGCUGUGUUGGUGGGAGAGGGGUACCCCAACUUCAUGGGUGAGUAG